CAAUUUUUGUAUGAUACAGAGAUCGCCUGCAUAGUUUGACCUCUAACACCGGCACAAUAAAGUCAGAAACGAAGGACACCGACUCAGCUAAAGUACGCUGCCUCAGCUAAAAUACGCCCUUUUCGUAUCGCUGAAAUGAUAAAAAUCCAAUCCAAUCUCUCCUUUUAUAUUAAUUGCCAACAUCAAUGGGGUGCUCGGUAAACCCAUACGGCGCGAAAACAAUUCCCAUCCCUAAGCCACGAUAAGAAGAAAAAAAAAAAGGAAACAAAAAGGAAAUCCGCGGAUUUUCUCUCCCACCCUUUUUGAAACCCUAAUUUAACGAAUAUCAGAAAAAUUUCAACGGAUUAUCUCUUUUUUCUUCUCAGGGUUUCGAUUUGUUUUUUUUUUUCCCGAAGAUUUUUAUAGGGGUUGAUCGCUGAACGGGAUGGCCUCCGUAUCAAGUCAGCCGCAGUUCCGUUACACUCAACCCCCAUCUAAGGUGCUGCAUUUGAGAAACUUGCCAUGGGAGUGUACGGAGGAAGAGUUGAUCGAGCUGGGGAAGCCAUUUGGGAAGGUCGUUAACACCAAGUGCAAUGUUGGAGCCAACCGUAAUCAAGCUUUCAUCGAAUUUGCUGAUUUGAAUCAGGCUAUUGCUAUGAUAUCAUAUUAUGCUUCAUCUUCAGAGCCUGCUCAAGUAAGGGGCAAAACGGUCUACCUACAAUAUUCCAACAGGCAGGAGAUUGUAAACAACAAAACGACCGCUGAUGUUGCUGGAAAUGUUCUGUUGGUAACCAUCGAAGGUCAAGAUGCACGGCUUGUUUCCAUCGAUGUUUUGCAUUUGGUAUUUUCAGCUUUUGGAUUUGUGCAUAAAAUUACAACCUUUGAGAAGACAGCUGGAUUCCAGGCAUUGGUGCAGUUUUCAGAUGCAGAAACAGCCACGUCUGCAAAAAAUGCCUUGGAUGGACGAAUCAUCCCUAGGUAUCUGCUUUCUGAAAAUAUAGCGCCUUGUACGCUUAGGAUCACAUAUUCUGCUCAUACAGAUUUGAGUGUGAAAUUUCAGAGCCACAGGAGCAGGGACUAUACCAAUCCGUAUCUUCCUGUUGCUCCUUCAGCUAUAGAUGGAAGUGGUCAGUUCAGUUUGGGUCUUGAUGGAAAAAAACUAGAACCAGAGAGUAACGUUUUACUUGCGUCUAUUGAGAACAUGCAGUAUGCUGUGACCUUGGAUGUGUUACACAUGGUAUUUUCUGCUUUUGGCCCUGUUCAAAAGAUUGCCAUGUUUGAUAAGAACGGUGGAGUGCAGGCUCUAAUUCAGUACCCAGAUGUUCAGACAGCUGUUGUUGCCAAGGAGGCCUUGGAAGGGCACUGCAUAUAUGAUGGAGGAUUUUGCAAACUUCAUAUCUCGUAUUCACGCCACACUGAUCUCAGUAUAAAGGUCAACAAUGAUAGGAGCAGAGAUUAUACAAUCCCUAACCCUGCCAUGGUUAAUCCACAGCCUUCGAUGGUGGGGCAACAGCCAAUUCAAACAUUGGGUGCAGCUGCUCAUCAAUACAAUGGGACUCAAUAUGCUCCUGGUUUAGAGCAACCAAUGAUGCCUCCUCAACCUUCAGCUGGAUGGGUCUCGGCUGUGCCAGCAGUGCCUCAAUCCAUGCCAGUACAGAUGACUAGUCAUCAUCCAUUCGUGCCACCAGCCACAAUGCCUCAAAUGACUCCCGGGAUGAUGCAAAUGCCAGGCCGGAGUGGAGUACCACCACCAGCUGGGACAGUGCCUCCUUAUAGACCCAAUCAGAUGUAAUAGCAUCUAUCUAUGAUAUAUGAAAACUGAGUUGAGGUGGCCUCAGCUGCCACAUGGUGGUUUCUCCCGACCUCUGUUUUUGUUUUUUUUUUUUGCUUUUUUUAUUGAAUGGGGUCAUGUAAACAUUUUUUAGUUUUAGAGGACAUUUUUGGUAUUAUGUUUAUUGGAAUUUCAACAAAGGAGUGGAGACUGGAGCGAGGGGGAGCUGGAAGGAAGUGGGAAGAAGCUACAGGGAGAGAGGCGGAGAUGGU